AUGGCCGCUCCGCCCGCGCCCGCCGCCGCGCCCGCGCCCCUCGUGCUGCACUCGCUCGACGAGGCCUUUGCGCUGGCCGAGGCCGUCGCCGCCGGCAGCACAGGCACCGGUGCCGGCCACGCCGCGCCGCCGCCGCAGCUGGCGCAGCUGGCCGACGCGCUGGAGCGCCUGCAGCGCCGCGAGCGCGAGCGCGACGGCGCCGGCACCGUGCUGCUCGCCGCCGCCGCCGGCGCGCACGAGCCGCUGGCGUUCGUCGAGUGGCGCGCGCCCGCCGCCCUUGUCGGCCUGCAUGUGCUCAUCGCACGCAUCAUCGCGCGCCCGGCGCCGGCGGAGCGUGCGGCGCUGGUGCCGUUCAUCGACGCGCUGCUGCGCCUCGGCGACGGCAACGUGCUGCGCCAAGCCGCCGCGCGCGUCGACCAGUUCGCGCACCUGCUGCACGCCGUCGCCGAGAGCCUGCAGGAC